AUGUCUGAAGACUGGGACUCCGUAACCCGUAUUGGAAGCAGAGUCCGUGGGGGUGGUGGUGCUCAACCCCGUGAGACAGUUGUCAGAGGCCGAUCUGCACUCAACGCCGCCCAGAGAUCUGGUGCUAUUAUUGCAACCGAGAAGAAAUAUGCCACCGGGAACGCUACCACUCGCCCACGCGUGGAAGGUCAACUUCUCACCAAAGUCGACCGAAGUGACGACAUAGUCCCGCUGAAGGGCAUCCCCCGCGAGGUCGGAAUGACCAUCCAGCGUCGCCGCAACGAAGAAGGGUUGACCCAGAAGGAACUCGCUGUUAAAUGCAAUACUACACAGCCGGUCAUAGCUGCUUUGGAACAAAGCAACCCAACAGCGGAUAAAAGUGUCAUUCCACGAAUUUCCAGGGUACUGAAUGUCAAACUUAGUGGCCGUGAUAUUGGGAAGGAACUUUUUCCGAAGAAGAAAUGA